AUGACCACCACUACUUCCCAUUCUUCGCAAUCCCAAAAUACAUCCCCUGUGUCUUCAUCACCAAUUUCUCUCAAAAAUUCAAAGCAUCCUGUCAACACUCCUGUCGCAAGUGUAUCGGAGCGUAGAAGUUCGACACCUAUCCUAUCAAAAAGCGGAAUUCGCCCGCCUGCAUCCACAUCCCUAUCUAAUUCCUCAGGCACAAUUUCCGAAAAGCAUAAAUCAAAUACGAGUAUCAAUGUUGGUCCUAGGAUUAUCAAAAAGCAAAUAAGUAUUAACGCUUUCCCCUAUCCGCCAAGCGGGCUUCGAACCCCAGCCUUACCAUUGAGCCCUUUGGGCGGAGGAAGUACAUCCUGCAACAGUUUCAACACUGCUCGAACAAGCAGAACAGGAUCAUCGGAUUCCACAAACACAGAAAACGCACGCCUGCAAAAUGGUAAAUGUAACAGUCCUAAACGAAUCAUCAAGCACAACAAUUCCGCGGGAACAUUGAGCAUGAAUAGUGACAACGACUCCAACUACAGUGGUCCCAGACCUCGGAAAUCAGGAUAUCGACUGAGUCAGACCUCAUCGACGCAAAGUCGUAGCUCAUCAACACUAGACUCAUACCCAACCUCAUUAAUAACACCAGAUCAAGCGAAUGAAUUUGAUCGCGGAAGAGAUCGCCCAGACUCAGUAUCAGACUCCACCAUGCCUAAAUCUUCUGAAUUAAAGGGUAAUGUUCUGGUCAGCGUAAGAGUGCGCCCAGAUCCUAGUGCCAGUAAUAGUAAUAAAACAGACGGAGAAUGGAUGGUUGAUGGAAAGCGAGCACUAGUCUCGUACAGGGCGGGUGAAGGUGGCGAUUACUAUUAUGACAACGUUUUCACUGCCCAUGACAAUAAUUCAAGGGUUUAUGACUCGUCCGCCAAAAGACUUGUUCGCCGAGUAAUGGAAGGCUACCAUGGCACUGUCUUUGCAUACGGGAUGACGGGAACAGGAAAAACAUUUUCCAUGCAGGGCACUGCAUCCUCACCUGGAGUAAUUCCACUCGCCAUAACUGACAUAUUCUCCUACAUCCGCGAAACUCCCUCACGAGAAUUUCUUCUCCGUGUUAGCUACCUCGAAAUAUACAAUGAGAAAAUACACGAUCUCUUGAGUCCUCCAAGUGGGAAUGGAGCUGGCUCAAUUCAGCAAGAGGAAAUAAAGCUGAGGGAAGACAGCAAAAGAGGUGUUUAUGCAAGCUCUCUUAAGGAAGAAAUAGUGCAAAGUCCUACACAACUCCUUCGAGUGAUCGCUAGAGGAGAUCAGGCUAGAAGAACUUCAAGCACUCAAUUUAACUCAAGGAGCUCUCGAAGCCACGCAGUGGUACAGAUUGUAGUCGAAAGUCGGGAGAGAAUUCCAGGAGCUGGGUCCCUAGGCGAAACCAAACGCUCAGCCGUCCUACCAGGAGGCGUAAGGGUCUCUACGUUAAGUCUUAUCGAUCUGGCCGGUUCGGAGAGAGCUGCUGAAACGAAAGAGAGACGAACGGAAGGUUCCCACAUUAAUAAGAGUCUUCUUACGCUAGGCACUGUCAUUGCAAAGCUUUCUGGUGACAAAGACAAGGACGGUAAACCAACCGAUAAAGAUGGAAAGCACUUGCCAUAUCGUGAUAGUAAGCUCACUCGACUUCUUCAGGGUGCCCUAUCGGGAAAUUCGUUAGUAAGCAUUCUCUGUACUAUCCAAAUAGGGGUGUCUGGCAGUGCCGCAGCUUCGACAACACACGCUGGUGAGACACUCAACACAUUGAAAUUUGCCUCCAGAGCAAAAAACAACAUCAUCAGUCACGCCAAAAAGGCAGAUGACUCUCAUGGUGCAGGAGUAGAUGGAAGCUCUAGAGUACUCCUAGAAAGAUAUCGAAUGGAAAUACUCGAACUCAGAAGCCAACUGGAAGCACAAGCAAAAUCAAAAGUUGACGAUGACGAGAGGGUGAGAGAGAAAGAGGCAGAGCAGCGACAUGAAGAGCAAAUGUUGGAAAUGCACUUAGCACGAACAGCGCUCAAGGAAAGAAUCGAACACUUGAACCGAUUGAUUCUAAGCUCAAAGUCAACGGGUGUCAACCUCAGUGGACCCUAUUAUCCCCAAGGUUUAAAUCAGAGGCUUUCUUUGAUUUCUGGGACCAGCCAUAACUCGAUCAUAUCUUCGAGGUCGAGGUCCUCCUUGACUCCAUCAACAGUUGUGAGAAAUACCUUGGAGCGAACUAGCUCCCAAAAUUCUGUUUCUACUGUUGGUCAACGAACUUCCCAAGUAGCUCCGAGUAAACGUCUCUCGCACGACUCAAUUGAAGAUGAUGAAUCCAUCGGAGAAUUUGCAGAUGGCAAUGCCUCGUUGGCUGCCCAGAAUCGAGCUUUGCAAGCAGACCUCGCCGACAAAACACGAUACUGUCAAACUCUGGAAAAACGAUUAAUUCAAGCUCGUCGAUCAAGUAUGUCAAGGGCGUCGAGUGGCGUCUCGAGUGCCGGAAAAAGCCUAACAGCAGCAGGAGAUCACAAUCUUGCAACCCUUGUUAGAGAAAGAGAUACGGAGAUAGCCGAACUGAAGGCUCGUCUGGAAGACAAGGAUCGAAUGCUUUCAGCUCUACGGAAUAUUCACAGAACUCGUGAACAUCCUGACAAAGAAAGUUUCUCUUCAAAUCCAAACACGGACGAGACUGUGAACUCGGUCUAUAAAGACACGUCAAUUGGUGAAUAUACUUUUCCCUUGAGCCAGUCUUCACAAAACGGAGUAUCAUCUAUGCGGUCAAGUCUCACCUCAGGACCUCUACCUCACAUACGGAAGAGAAAUAAAAGCGUAGACGAGAUGAGUCGGAUACUAGAUGAGAUGAUUCAAGAUCGCGUUGAAACGGGACAUCUAGCGAAAAAUGUACGAGGAGCUGGACGUAUUAUUGACCAACGAAAGCCAUCGAUCACUUCUGAAUUGCUCUCGGCCUAG